ACGCAGGCAAGGGUCGAGCACUGUCGGUGGCCGGGGCUUUUAGAGCGUAGCCUCCACGGUUCUUGGGGCGAGCUGCGCACCGCCACGACAUGCCUCACAGGAAGAAAAAACCCUUCAUAGAGAAAAAGAAAGCUGUGUCUUUUCACCUGGUCCACCGGAGCCAGAGAGACCCGUUAGCAGCGGAUGAGACUGCACCUCAGAGGGUUCUUUUGCCCACCCAGAAAGUAAAUCAUGAAGAAAGGCGAGCAGAACAGAGAAAAUUCGGUGUGUUCUUUGAUGAUGACUACGACUACCUGCAGCAUCUGAGAGAACCGUCUGGACCCUCAGAGCUGAUUCCCACAGGCUUCAGUGCACACGACAGGAGAGAUGAGAAAGAAGAUGUUCUAGCCAUUCCGAGCACUGGAAUUAAGUUGCCUUCGUCGGUGUUCGCGUCGGAGUUUGAGGAAGACAUUGGAUUGUUAAACAAAGCAGCUCCUGUUUCAGGUCCUAGGCUGGACUUUGACCCUGACAUUGUUGCCGCUCUUGACGAUGAUUUUGACUUUGACAAUCCAGAUAAUGUGCUGGAAGAUGAUUUUAUUCUUCAGGCCAACAAGCCAACAGGAGAGAAAGAGGGAGUGGGUAUAUAUAAUGCCGAGGCUGAAGAUGACAGUGAGUGGGAAGAUGUGGAUGAUGAGGACAGAAAUGGUAGUGACCAUGAUUACGCUGACUCUCAAGGAACACUGUCAUCCGAAGAUGAUAUGUCUGUCUCGGGCAAACUCGAUGGCGCUUUAGAAAAGAACUUGUUCUGGGAAGAGGAAACCAAAAGUCGCUUCACAGAUUAUUCCAUCACUUCCUCAGUCAUGAGGAGAAAUGAACAGCUGACCCUACACGAUGAUCGGUUUGAGCAGUUUUUUGCGCAGUAUGACGACGACGAGAUUGGCGCUCUGGAUAAUGCUGAACUGGAAGGUUCUAUUCAAGUGGACAGCAGUCGGCUGCAGGGAGUUUUGAAUGACUACCAUAAAGAGAAGGCAGAGAAUUGUGUAAAACUGACUACUCUUGAACCCUUUGAAGACCAAGACCUGCUAAUGAAUGAGCUCAAUGAGUCUAAGGAGGAAGACAUGGUUACUGUGGUUCUUGAGGAAGUCAAAGAGAAGUGGGAUUGUGAAUCCAUUUGUAGUACGUACUCCAAUCUCUACAACCAUCCACAGCUCAUCAAGGACCAACCAAAGCCCAAAGGAAUCAGGAUCUCCUCUAAAACAGGCAUACCUCUCAAUGUCUUACCUAAGAAAGGACUCACCGCCAAGCAGGUUGAACGGAUGCUGAUGAUCAAUGGCAGUGAUCUGCCGAAGGUAUCGAUGCAACCUCGUUCUAAAAAUGAAAGCAAAGAAGAUAAGAGAGCCAGAAAGCAAGCUAUCAAAGAAGAGCGCAAGGAACGCCGAGUUGAAAAGAAGGCCAACAAAUUAGCCUUCAAACUGGAGAGGAGGAGGCAGGAGAAGGAGCUGCUGAACUUGAAGCGGAAUGUUGAGGGGCUCAAGCUCUGACAGUGGAGCGCUUUAUUCCAUUGUGCCCGUUGGUGAACAUGGAUUGUCAGAGAGACAAACCUGUUUGCCAUUUUUACUGGCAAAUGCUGAAAAGCCCACAUAGAAAUGUUUGAAUUAUUUUUAUUCCCCAAAGUUUAUCAAACAUCAUCUUGUAAAUAUUGUCAUAUUUUUUUAAUACUGUUUGUUUUGACUUGCUCUGAAAUAAAUGGCUUGAAUCCAA